GUUUAUUGCGAGAAGCCCCUUCUACGCUAAACAAAGUGUGAAUUCGCAGGUAAAUACGAAAUAUUUUAGAGUGGAAAAAUCAAUCGAUUAUAAAGCCUCUGUCUAUUAGUUUCCAUCAACCAUGCCAGCUAUACCAAUGUUGUUUUCAAACAAGUUCAAUGUGCUUCUCCUAUGGAAAUGCCUCUGUCUAUUAGUUGUUUUAGUGGGUUGCAAUCCCCCAGGGGAGCCCGUCAAAUGUUCCACCAAAGAUUCCAACUGCACCGUCACAAACUCUUACGGCAUGUUCCCCGACCGAGCCAUUUGCCGAGCGGGGAACGUGGCUUACCCGACGUCAGAACAAGAGCUGGUUUCGAUCGUAUCGGCGGCAACUAAAUCCAAAAGGAAAAUGAAAGUGGUCACACAUUUCUCUCACAGCAUUCCCAAGUUGGUCUGUCCCGACGGCCAAGAUGGGUUGCUUGUUAGCACCAAGAACCUUAACCGUGUAUUGAAAACCGACACGGAGGCAAUGACGAUGACUGUGGAGAGCGGUGUGACGUUGAGGCAACUGAUUAAAGAAGCAGCUAAGGCUGGUUUAGCAUUGCCUUACGCACCGUAUUGGUGGGGACUGACCAUUGGUGGCCUUUUAGGUACAGGCGCUCAUGGGAGCUCCUUGUGGGGGAAGGGGAGUUCAGUUCAUGAUUACGUUGUGGAGAUGAGAAUUGUAAGCCCUGCAAAAGCUGAAGAUGGAUAUGCUAAGGUGUGGGUGUUGAAUGAGAGAGACAAAGAUCUCGAUGCAGCUAAGGUUUCGCUUGGAGUUCUUGGGGUAAUCUCACAGGUCACAUUCAAACUUCAACCUCUUUUCAAAAGAUCCAUUACUUAUGUGAGGAAGGAUGAUACAGAUUUGGGAGAUGAAGCUGUGACUUUCGGCAAACUCCAUGAAUUUGCAGACAUAUUUUGGUACCCCAGUCAACGAAAGGCGAUCUAUAGAAUCGAUGAUCGGGUCCCCAUUAAUGUAUCCGGGAAUGGUGUUUAUAAUUUCACUCCAUUUCGCUCCACUCUUUCGCUUGUUUUGGCUCUUGUUCGAUCUUCAGAGGAAACUCAAGAAUCCUCAGGAGAUGCUGAAGGGAAGUGCCUCAAUGCAAAGCUAGUGACGUCUACACUUCAGUCGUCUGUUUAUGGCUUAACAAACAACGGUGCAAUUUUUACGGGCUAUCCAGUGAUAGGAUUCCACAACCGUCUCCAAUCAUCGGGAACUUGUCUAGACAGCCUCGAAGACUCAUUGAUCACCGCAUGCCCUUGGGACCCCAGAAUUAAAGGCGAGUUCUUUCACCAAACUACGUUUUCCAUCGGUUUAUCGGUUGUGAAAAGCUUCAUCCAAGACGUGCAGAAGCUAGUAUCAAUGGACCCCAAAUCACUAUGUGGGCUAGAACUUUACAAUGGGAUCCUCAUGCGCUACGUUAAAGCUUCCACCGCUUACUUGGGCAAGCAAGAAGACGCCAUAGAUUUCGACAUCACCUAUUACAGGAGCAAAGACCCCAUGGCUCCUAGGCUUUACCAAGACGUGUUGGAAGAGAUCGAACAAAUGGCGUUGUUGAAAUACAAUGCUUUGCCGCAUUGGGGGAAGAACCGGAACCUAGUGUUCGAUGGGGUGAUGAAGAGAUACAAGAAUGGUGGAGAGUUCUUGAAGGUUAAAAAUAAGUAUGAUCCAUGGGGAUUGUUUUCGAGUGAGUGGACUGACCAGGUUCUUGGGCUGAGAAAUGGGGUCAUCGUAUUGAAAGAAGGGUGCGCUUUGGAAGGAUUGUGUAUUUGUUCCCAAGAUGUUCAUUGUGCUCCAAGCAAAGGCUAUUUGUGUAAGCCUGGGAAAACUUUUCCAGAUGCAAGAGUGUGUGCUCGUGUAAAUACUAAGACUUAAGGCUUUUGAUUAAUUAUUUUUAUUCAUUUAUAGAAGAAUAUGAAAAAUAUAUAGACACUGCUCUUUUGAACCACAUGGUUGAAAAGAUAUGUAAUAGCUAUCAACAUAAAAAAGAAUGUUUGAUUA